UUAACCGAAAUUUUCUGUAUGUAGAAGCACAAAGACUUGAACGAUGAGGUUACAGCAUUCUCCGCGACGUACAAAAAUAUGACGGAUGAGCAUGAAGAGUGGCGAUCCAUUGGAAGCCAUAUGGCAGAGAAGCUGGAGGAGUAUCGUAAAAAUGUGAUUUAUGAACUUGUGCUUAAGCUUCAAUUACCUAUGGAUGAAGCAGAGAUUUAUACACUAUCAAGAAAUCUGACACCCAGUGACGAUGACGCAGCCAUAUGGAAUCAGGUUCUUCAACUGUCAUCUGCUGUGAGUAACCAAAAGGUCGUGACACGAAUUAUGGAAAAGUCCAAAUCACAGUAUGACAUGAUUGAACAAUCCAAGGCACAAUACAAAACAUUAAAAGGUAAGUAUUCAUUUCUUUUAUUUAAUUAUUUAGGUGAAAGAACACACACACAUAUAUCAAAAAUCAAAUUUUUUUAAUAUACGGUCUAGAUAAAUAUCGACGUCUUUUCCACAACAGUUCCGAGAAAAUCUCGUUUAGAAAGUAUGUUACUCAUUAUCAUAAACACCAUCAUCAUCAUCAUAGUUUUCAACAUGAAUAAAAUAACUAAAC